AUGGCUAACCUGCUGUGUCAAGCCUCUCCCCUUUGCGAGCCCAGUCCCAAUGGCCGUCUUGUGGCGGUAUUGAUCUCAUCCACAAUCAUUGUUCGGUCAACCGAAACCUUGCAGACCGUCCAUGUCGUGAAACUCUCUCCAGAGCUCACCGGACCCAUCACCAGCUUCACCUGGGCUCCUUCGUCGGCCAAGUUACUUGUUUCUGCAGGCGACCUAAUACAAGUGUUUGCAGCAUGCGAUUCUUCCUUUCAGGCCACCAUUCACAACCCUGCCGCACCGCUUGGUGGCAAGCUGCCGUUGAUCCGAUUUGGAGCCCGGGACACCGAAGUGUUGGCGUGUGCUCCAUUUGGCAUGAAAUUUUCUGUUUUUGAUCUCACCACGUCCAAAGCCGUUGAGAUUAGCAACCCCAAGUUUCAUCAUCCCACCUCCGCCUCGCGAGGCUUCUCCAUUCGCCCCGACACCGGUCACAUAGUUGUGUUGACGAGGGUGGGCGGCAAAGACAUGGUUAGCAUACAUCAUCCGUUGACACGGCAGGUAAUGAAAUCCUGGUAUCCGGAUACGCUAGAUGCGCAAGGCAUUCAAUGGACUGCUGAUGGUCAAUGGAUCGUUCUGUGGGAAUCUCCAGCCCAGGGCAGCCGGCUCUUCGUGUACACUGGAGACGGACACCACUUCCGAACCCUUGAUGCAUACGGCCUGGUACCGGAGUCCGCCACCGAUCCCGAAUUCGACAUGCAUUCAGGGAUCAAAAGCUGCCAGCUCAGCUCCGAUGCACAGUUGUGCGUGAUUGGGGACCAUACGCGGGGAAUAACGGUACUUCAAGCCGGUAUAUGGCGAUCAAUGAUGAGAUUGAUGCAUCCCGCCGCCAUCACGCCACGGGAGACACUUCAGGUGUGGCAAGAGCAAGUCAGUGGCGGAGCUGAUGGACGCAAUGUCCAUGCCUUUUUCAGAGCGACACAAACAGUCUCUCCGCCUUCACUUUUGGACGGCCCCAAGCAAUCCACAGAUGCACGUUUGGGAUGCUCUUCGAUUCUGUUCGAUGCGUCCUCCACCCUGUUGGCCACGAGGCUAGACGACUCCCCCUGCACUAUAUGGAUAUGGGAUCUCGUUGCUACUGAGCUUCGCGCAGCCUUGAUAUUUCAUUCCGCGGUAAACUUUGCGUGGCACCCGUCGGUGAGAGAGACGCUCUUGAUAUCUACGCAGGACGAGAAGCAGAAAGGAUUGUCGUAUGUCUGGGAUCCAUUAUCGCAAGGACCAACACCGCUAGUCGCCGAGCAGUAUUUGUCCACAACGAAACAAUCAUCAUCAAAGUUGCAAGUCACUUGGCUAAACCGCGAAACCGAGUCCUUGGAACUGCUGUUGUCCGACUCACAUCAGUAUGUCUUGUUGUCUCUCGCGGAUACGGACACAGGGCCUAGCCCAUGGGAGGCUGCAUCAGGCGGAGCCGAGUUUGAUGGACCAUGGCUGGCACCAUCGUCGGGACGGGACGAGGCGGAGAGCUUGGGUUCUGCGCGGCCGAUUGUCAUUGCGGAGGAUAUAUCGAAUCUAGACGAUACCUUUUCGUUCAGAUACACUUGA